AUGGGCAAACCACGCGCAGCUCGUUCCUUGGCUGAUCAGCUGGCUGAUUUUGAAGACCCAACCCCUAAAGACUUUGACCCCGAGGAUAUCGAUAAUGGCCAACAAUCAAGUGAUGAUGAAGGUGAAGAUAAAGAGGAAGUGAAUACAGGCCGAGAGCAUUACCAGACUGUUGGGAAAGCAAAGCUCCGCAAAGACGAUCCCCUCCCGCUGGGGAAACAAUAUGAUGGCGCCCGAGUCAGCCGGGCGGCACUAGGCGCCGAAAGUGAAGAUGACGAGGACUCAGACGCCUUGUCCAUGUCGGACGAAUCUGAUGAUGUCCUGGCCCUGGAGGGCUCUGAUGAAGACACCGAUGCAGACGAGGAUGAUAGCGAUGAAGAUAGGGAAGAGGACCAGGAAGAUGACAGUGAAUAUGAGGAGGAGGCAGUCGAGAAGAAAUCCAAGAGGAGUCGCCCGGAAGUCCGACAUGGCGACACAAGCGGACCGUCUGGUGACCGUGACGAGAUUCGGAAACUAAUGGCGACGGAUCAGAAAACUAUUGCCGCAACAAUCUCUUCCGCAGCCAAGGCCGAUGCUACGAAGGGAAAGGCUGUCAAGCAACAACGUACCACUUUUGACGCGCUCCUUAACGCGCGAAUUAAGCUUCAGGGUGGAUUGACGUCAAUCAACGGUAUUGCUGCUGUUUUGGGUUCAAAGAACGAAGCCGACGGAGAGAAUACGAUGAAUGACGAGGAGGAAGUUGUCGAUGAGGAAGCAAUCAAGUCGGCGGAGUCAGCUGCACUUGCAUUAUGGUCGACUCUCGAAGGUUUACGUACCGCCCUGGCCGAUGCUACCGCCAAAGAAGACAGCAAAAAGCGCAAGAGACCCUCCCCCGCCUCGCCCAGUACUCCCUCUGCCUCGCUAUGGGAACGUAUGGCCGAAUUGGAAUCUGAGUCCAUCUCCCACCGUCGUUCCAUUCUUGACAAGUGGUCCUCGAAAGUUCGUGGCACUUCUGCAUCUCUCCCCAACGCCAGAGGCAAAUUGCUCGGUUCAUCCUCCGGUCGCCAACAGACCAUCACAGCCGUCCUCGAUGCCCAAGUCGCCACAGAGAUUGGAGAACGAUCCUCCAAGCGCUCGCGCACCUCUGAGCAAGAACCUAUCUAUGACGAUGGAGCUUUCUACCAGUCCCUCUUGCGUGAUCUCGUUGAGCAGCGCAUGUCCUCAUCUGAGUCCAUGACCAGUGGCUUUGACAACCUACACCAGCUACCUUCUCGCCUGCCGAUUCACCCCAUCACUGGUAUGCGCAACGAUAAGGUCAAGCGAGACAUUGAUACCCGUGCUUCUAAGGGCCGCAAGAUGAAGUACAACGUGCAUGAGAAGCUUCAGAACUUCAUGGCCCCUGAUGACCGUGGUUCCUGGUCUACGCGCGCACGGGAUGAGUUCUUUGCUUCUCUGCUUGGCAGAUCGGCCAGUGGUCUGCUGGGUGAAGGUGACGAGGGUGAUAGCGACGAAGAGGAUGACAUUGAUCGGGAGGAAGGUGGCUUGAAACUGUUCCGCAACUAA